UGGAUAACUUUUAAAGGCGUGGUCUAACAGUUAAUAUGGCGGCGGCAGAGGCAGAUUUUCUUGUCUUUUACGACACGUUUAUUCACGAUGCCUCUGAGGAUCAGCUACGAGUUGACAUGAUCAGGUUCAGCCUCCCUGUCAAGCUCUCUGAGAUAAGAAUCGUACCCAAAAAUUGUCCCGCCCACGCAAGCCUAUCUGCCAUUGAUAAAUUAGGUAAAACCACACCCACCACUUUCAAGCUCGAUGUUUUGGCAAAUGAUUCGACUAAUCCUCUAGCUCCAACUUUUAGCAACUUGGGAACGAUAGAUUUCAAGGAUGACUGCCUCUCCCUCCCACUCACAAACAAGAUAUCAUGUGACAUUGUCAUCGUCAGAGGAUAUUAUUCAGCAUUAUCUCUGUGUCUUUAUGGAUUACCAGCAGCACCACGAGCUUUCCCUUCAUUUAAACAAAGGCAAAGCCGUUCUCCUAGUCCGUUUGCUGAGCGAGCAAAUGAAGAAGGUUUCCAUCGCAAGAGACCUAAUUCGCCCGAGGGGGGAGGAGCUUUAGAUAGAGGCCCCUCCCCUCGUCCCAAGGAGGCAAAAGAAGUAUCGACUCUCUUGGAUUUCUUUGAGCCAUUUUCUCCAGACCACUCACCCGAGCAUUCCUUUGAUCUUUACGAUGACGAAAUGCCACCUGCUAAAAGAGCUGCUCAAACUGAUGCUGCUGGCUACGAAGAGUUCUCAGACGAAGAGAUUGCCUUUGCUGAAGAUGAAUUUGAAAUACAAGAAGCUGUUGAGUUUGAUAAUUACAACGAGACUGAGGAUAGUUGGAUUAGUUCUAACAUUAGCUUCAAUCCUUACCAAACUGAAAUUAAUAAUCUUGAAAGUUUUCCUUCUCUUUAUGACACUCCUCACGAAGCUCUGUUGAAGAGGAGGCUGGCCAAGAUGGAUCCAGGUACACUGAAGAGAUCGUACAGUGACGAAGUAACACGCAUUAGGGAUCAAAUUUUGAAACUUAAAGAUGCAAAAAUUAACAUUAAGUGGGUGGAGACUAUUGACGAAUUUAUGCAUCAGCUGUAUCCUGGACUAGCUCAGAUUAUACUAAGGUCAGAAGCUGAGGGUCAAGAAUCAGUUAAUUGUAUCUGUGGUCUUGUAUUAAUGUGUCUUAAUAACGACGUCAUACUGUCACACCCACCACCUCUAAACGUCCGUUUAUUGAAGACUGGUCUUAAGCUUGGCGAGGCAGUAGCAGGUUUAGGAGAAGAAUUCAUUAAAAAAUUACUAGGAGAUGGCCUAAUGGAGAGACUAGUUGAUAUUGUCACUCAGCCUCCUUCUCUCAUGCCUACUUCGAUCAAAAUGACAUGUCUCCAGUUCAUUAAUGUCUUUCUUGAUUAUACUUAUGGCAUGGAGUGGUUUCUCGGCUGGACCGAGGAACAGGUUCUAAAUGAAGAGUAUAUGACUGGAGAAACCGUACAGUCAUCUUAUCGGAAACUGCUGGAAGUGGUUUUAUCAAACCAAACUGUUAGGGUCCAGUCUGCUUGUAGCCGCCUCAUACGUAAAGCUCACCUUUACGAGCUACUGACCUCUUUUAAAACUGCCGUCGAUAAUGCUAUACAAGCCACACCUACUACUGACACGCCUGCCAGUAUCACGGAGGAUUUUUGGAACUCAAAAGAAAAACCCUCAGACAUGGAAGAGCUAGAGGAGGAGGAGGAGGAGGAGGAAAAGAGAAGUGACGCUGGACAAGAGAAGGAAGGAGGUGAUCAAGGAAGGAAGGACGACGAAGAAAAUAAAAUGGAGACUCAAGAGGAUCAGCAGAAAACUGUUGUUCAAUUGCCUCAAGAAUCAAUCAAGAAUAUAACUCAUUUACUUGACGAGUUGUAUCAGAUGUUGAAGGGGGUGGAGUCAAGCCUCAUGCUCCUCCCACCCAAAGCAUUCCCCAUUAAGAACAUGGGAAUGGAGCAGCAGGGAACACAAGAAGCAUUUACUGGCGUCGCUAGAAUGUUGAAACACAAACAGUUUUUGGAGUGCUUGUUGGUCCUAUUGACUGCUCCUUCAUUAUCUGAAGAUGCUUCCGUCUAUCAUGCCAUUCGGAACAACCUACUGUCCUUACUGACCACUUUAAAUGGAUUAUUAUUUCUUUCUUCAUGUCCCAGGGUCACUAAUGCUCUCAUUAAAGUUUUAAUACAAUCAAUGGAAAACGAAGUACCACUUGAUGCCUUGCAACCGCUGACAGAUUUCACACAGCCUGGUUCCAGUGGUUCCUGUAGCUCGUUCAAUCUGGGAAUGCUACUGGUCCACCAUUUACAGGUUCUACAAACUCUUGAUUCGCUGAGACAAUCUCCAAAGCAAACUAUGUCUGAUAUGGAAAACGAGUGUCUACCAUCGCUUCACCUUCUCUUCUCCAUGACAUUGUUUCCUAUCGGAAAGUGUGCUGUGUCCCAUAUCCUUGCUCUAGGCUGUAAUAUCAACAUAUUGUUACCUUUCGUGGAGCCAAAGGGUCAUAAAGAUCACGAUACCAAGUUAGAGAGAUCCAGUAUAUCCAGUCGCUAUGCAGCUGUUCUUAUACUCAAACUGCUUCAAAGCUCCUCUAAUUUAUCGUGCGACUUUUUGACCUCUCACUCGCGUAGACUCUUGACAAUGUCAGAGUUCUUUAAAGAUAAUCAAAGUCCAACGAUGUCAGCAUUGUACAGCUGGUUACGCCCACUGAAGCAUUUAGGAGAGGACACACCCGCUUUAUCAUUAAUGGGCGUCAUCAAAGAAAAUGUGUCACGUAUUAAUUGCAACAAACCAACACAAGGGACCGCCCCCAUCAUCACUAGUCUUAGGCUCAUUCUAAAUCGUUGCAUGACUUCGCCUCAUCUCAAUAACUUUGAGAAAGAGUCCUAUUCAUUGCAGCAGAGAGAGGCUAUUGUGGGCGUGUUCUCAUCUGGUGGAAUAGAAAUAUUAACUAAUUUGAUACAAAAAGUGUCUGAUAUAGUCUCUCCACUGUGGAGUCAGAAGCAAAGCAUCGGUAUCAAUAAUGCACUAGCUUUGGAUCAGCUCAUGUCAUUUUCUCUGAGACUCCUCCGCUUGUUGCUAACUGAGUUACUUGAUAACGGAUCGUUUCAGUUCCGUGACACACGAGUACUCAAUUCUCUGUUCUCCCUCCACACUGUCAUGUAUUCCACUCCUCAUUCCGGAGUGUUCCAGCUGUCGGCUCCUGAGAUUCAAGGGCUAAUUGUUGAUUGCUUGGUUUGUUUCACAAGACCAGAGACAGUUACUGAUGACAAGAAAGACACCAUCACUCUCACUUCUGAUAAUUCUUGUUGGGUCCUAAUGAUCUCUGAACUCAUUUCAUACACAAUGUCUAAGCCUCAGGCCUAUCUCUCUGGUCUCAUGCUAUUCUCCAGUCUCCUCCCACUGCCCCUCCCACUACAGUCAUCAGACUCUUUGUCGUCAAGUUCUAUUGAGCACUUGAUUAGAUUGCGUCACCUUUGGGCGUCCCACCUCCUCCCUCUCUUCUCUUCUCUCUCGUCUCUCAUUCAAACUCUCCUGCCCUCAAUGUGUUUAGCACUACAGCAGGUCCUGAGGAGAUUCUGUGCUCAGCUAAUUGACCUUGCGCCUUCUCUUGCCCUCUCUGUAACAAAGAGUGUCUGUAGUCACAUUUUGAUAAAGAUUGAUUCACAGGAUGAUGACAGUUCUAAGGAAACUGAAGUUACUUCAACGGAAAAGAAAGAAACUUUAUCUCCACUAGUCAUGACUUUGACUAUGUGUGCUGUUCUUGCCAGUCAGCCAAUGUUCAAGUGUUGUCUUCUCUCGCUUGUCUCUUCCAAUAAGGAGGAGGGAGAGGAGGAUGAUGGAGCUGAUGAAGAAGGAGAAGGAUACAGUAGGUUCAUACCACUCCUCCUGUUUCUUGUACAAAAGAAAGAGACCUCUCUACCUGCUAAACUCAGUGUCAUGACUAUCCUUCAGUCAUUAUUAAAUGUUUAUAUCUCACUAUCAGUUCCUGCUAAAGGAGAUCAAGGGAUGUCACUACUUCAGCUGGCCAACAGUCUUCCUUCUCUCUCCCAGUUGGAGCACAUACUCUCGGCCUUAUUGAGUCAUUUAGGCUCACCAGAUCAGCCAUUAUCCACCAUUGCCAUUGGUCUAAAGAUAGUCUCUGCCUCCUGUCAGCACAUGCCUGGACUCACUCUCCUUCACAUGCUCCUCCCAUCAUCCAUUAAACGUUUUGAGACUCUUUUAAAGAGACUGAUAGGCUCAGUGAGAGGUUCAUCUCCUCUAUCCUCCGAAGUCCUCCAGUGUAUCUCUUUGUUCCUUGAUGCACUCAGCGACAUGGCAGCUCCUGACUCCUCCCUCUCUCUCUCUGUGCCACUCCCACUCCUAAAGUGUGCCAUAUGGGACGAAGAGAGACAGGCCGACCUCCUACAAGAAUUACUGUCAUCUCUCAAAGAGUAUUACAAUAAGAGAGAGGAGGAGGAGGAGGAGGAGGAAGAUGGACAGAGAUUGGCUGAUAAUUUUAUUGAUUCUAUCACUGAAACAAUAGAGUCCUUUAGAGACGUCACUCCGGACUCGGCUGUAAAGGCUCCGCCCACUUUGGAGUUACCAAACAUGGAGCCACUUGAGACCCAGUUUAUCUCUCGCUCUGGAAUAACAGAAUCAGAAGAAUCCUUAAGUCCUGAGUUCUGGUUGGCCACACCUCCUCACAACGAAGGAGAUUUAGAGCCCGAAACUGUGACGGCUAAUCUCGAGGAAAUAGCUAAAGAGAAUUGCUCCGGUUUUAAUUUGCAAGAAGAAUUGAAGAAACGAUUCUUACCCUCGCCUCCUUCAUCGCCAGUAAAACACGACCGAAAGAAGAAAAUUAUUAUAAGCGGACCAGAAGCUCAAAGAAGAUUGAAAGAAGCUAUACAGCAGAGGCGUGUCAUGGGACGUGGCCGAGACUUGUUCCGGACUAGGAAACAGAACACCAGCAGACCUCCUUCAAUGCAUGUUGACGACUUUAUGAAUAAUCCACGAUCCGGCGGCCCUGCUAAUCUUCCAAGAGGAGGGUCAAUGGUACGAGGUGGUAUGUCCUCUCACAGUUUGAUGAGAGGGAGGGAAGGGAUGCCAUUGGGUAGUAACUACUUGAUGCCCCCUCCUGCUCCUCCGGCUUCCAUCUUCUCUCAAUUGGGUGGUCGCUGGAUGGCACCAAAUCUUUACUCUAGGAGAGAUAUACAUAUGCCCUCUUCGUGGGAAUCAAGGACUCAACAGUUUCUUGCUUCCAUUAAUAAACCAGAACCAAUGAGAGCUGCAGCGUGGAGUCACAUGAUGCAUCAUGAUCCAUACAGUAGAGCAAGAGGAGCAACAAGGACAGUUGAAAUGAUGAAUUAUGGACGCCCGAGUUCUCAUAGUAGUAGUAGAGCCUCCAGCCGUCUUUCCUCUUCUUCUUCAAGAAGGAAUUAAAACAUUACUGAUUGUACAAUUCAUUAACUGUACUGUGCAGUUCAUGAAGCAGUCUGAAAUGUGCAUGUCCUUUUGUCUUUCUGCACUGUUUGUUAUAUGCAAUAAUAUAACAUAAUAA